GAUCCUGGGGGAGGAGUGGGGAGGCGCGGCGCGGGCUGGGGCCCUGGGAGCAGCCUGAGGGGGGCCCGGCAACAGCCGGGCUGGGGGCGGGGAGGCGGGGGCGGGGUGGCGCAGGAAGAAGGAGCAGAAGGUGCGGGGAGGAGAGCUGGGGGCGCCGGCGGCGAGCGCGCGUGGAGGCGGCACUUCGCGAAGUGGCACUUCGGGGCGGGCGGUCGGCCCGCCGGGUCGCGGCCUGGCGCUGCGGGGCGGGGAGCGGCUCGGACGCAGGACGCCUCGGGCCGGGCUUACAGGUGUGAGAGGCCCCGACCCCGCCGCUUCGCAGGCCAGCUUCCUGUUGUGCUCCCUGCACCCACCGACCUCACACACAGCCCUAGGACAGACGUCCACUGGCCUGAACUGGGUCUGGGGCCAACACGGGGCAGGUGGGGGUAGAGCAGCCCUGCCCACCUGGAGGAAAGUUGAAUGGCUGGAACCAAGAUGACAGAUGGAGGCUGGCAGGCAAACACGGGAGGUCUCCUCACUCCAAGAGGGGAGUCAGCCUGGGGACAGUUCUUCUCCAGGCCCUGCUGCUCCCAUCAGCUGCAACACAGGAGAGGUAGGCUCCUCCGGAAAAGCUCCCACGGUCCUGGGUCCCGCUCCACCUUCUAGAAGCUCCCAUUGUUACUUCCUGGGCUGGCCUGCACAUCAUCGCGCUACUCCCAUCCAAGGGGACACACAUUCAGUGACCGACUCAGAACCCAGCCUGCUUUCCAGGUGGCCAGUGGCUCAGCAGUCUCGGUGCCUGGGCCUGCUCCCUCUGCCUGGCAGCUCGGCAGGUGGCUGAAUGCGGGCUGGAGGCCUUCCCUGAGAAGAGGGUUAUCAGAACACCUGCCAUACAUGGAAGUGACCAGCUCGGCACCUGAGGAGACGCACCGCAGCUGAUGACUGGCGCAGAGCAGGACGUUGUGAGGUCCUCGUACCUAGGAAUAGACAACAAGGGCAAGAAACUCGGUGCCUGCCUGGCAUCUGCCCUGCACCAGUGACCUCCAGGAAGGUCUCCACCAAGGAUGUUCCCCGGGCACUCCGUGCUCGCCUUCGCCAGCAUCCUAUGAGGCCUUUCACACUGAUGGGGAAGCCUUUCUAAAGGCUGUGGAACCUCACUGCUUGCCUGAAGGUUGGGCAGCAUGGCUAGAAACUGCGGCCCAGACCUGGGAUCUUACCCACGCCUCUAUGAGAUGUCCCGAAGGAAACCAUCGACUGAGCGGAGAGGCUUUGCCCUGCCCGCCUCCUCCCAGGAAGGAAAAGCAGAAGAGGUAUCGCCAGCCACCGAGACUGCCAGCCACCACACCCUCCCAGACCCUCUGUCCCCACCCCAGACCAGGGUCACCUUCUUCCUGCACUGGGGGUGGGGUGGGGUGGGUUUCACAAUCCAGACUGUGGGGUGGGGUUGGGAGCAGGUUGAUGUAAAUGAGCAGCUCAUCAAGAGUCACUGAGAAGGAGGCAGAUGGAGCCGGUACCCAGCAGGUCUCCUCUCAUGAGCAUCAGCCCUCGCCUGGGCGGGCCGGGGGAUCCUCAGCACCCCAGCUCUGAGCCAGGGGUCUGCAGCCCGGGCACCAGCGAUGGGCCCUCAUGUACACAGGGCGCCGAGCAGGGCCGGAGGCAAGAGUGAUUUCAGACAAGAACCUGACGCCACAGCCGGCGACGCAGACCCUGGGUCAGCCAGCACGAUGGGCCACUGGGGAGAGGAGGGCUGGAGGCAGAGAGUGUAAGUGUGCAGCCUUCAUCAGCUUAUUUUUAGUGGCGUUAUGUAAGUGGCUUCAGCUCAACGUCACAUGGGGGGGGUCUCAGAUUUAAUUACAGGAUGACAGCCUUUGCUUUUCAAGCAAGCUGUUCUCCUGGCAAGCCAGGCGAAGGAUUGGGGAGUUUUGCUAAACAGAAGGAGCCCUUUCUGAGGUGACCACCCGGCAAAACUUGAACCCGCUUCCACCUCUGUCUCCCUCUUCCUGACCAGCCUCACCCAGCCUCGGCUGAACAUGGCCUGAGAGUAGCCACUUGUCCGAAAUCACAGGGACAUUUUAUGCCUGUCAAGGGAGCUUCCUCUCUCCUCUUCCUCCCCCUCCCACCCUCUGCCUGGCAGCUUUGCCUUCUCUCCAAGAGAAGGGUCCACCCAAUCAGAACUCCUCUUCCUUCUUUUCAUUCCUGGAUUAAAGCACUUGUAAUCAGUAACCAGAAAGUUCCAGAGCGGGAGAGACCGGAAGGCACGGGAGUGCUAUCGGACGGGUGUCUGGGGCAGAACCAGGAGGGCGAGCCUCUUCUCUCCCCGCCUGCCCUUGCUCGCUUCCCCCUCCAUGCCAGGUACUGUGGGAGCAGCUGGGCCUGGCCGGGGUCAGCAGGUGAAGCUGUCCGCAUGGUGUCCGGAGCACUGUUUCUUUGCUUCCUGCCUGGGCUCCCGUGUUCUUCACCAGUGGCAGCGUUAUCAGCAAGAAGGCAAAGGCAGGAGCACGAAGGUGGGAGCCAGGGCUGUGGGGUCAGGAGUCCCACUCCUUGCGGCGGGAAGCCCAGCUCAGCCGCCUCCAGUACACUUUGGCUUUGUCCAGCAUGAAAGGCAGAGCGAUGUUUUCACUGCAGGCUAUUUCCUGCCAGGGCAAGUGGGACAGGGCGAGCACUGACAUCGGCAGGCAUGGUGUGCAUUUAGGGGGUGGGCAGCGCCGAGGGGGCAUCAUCUGGCAUAGGUGGGCCCGGUGGCCACUGUGCUAGAUGACUGGCUGGUUGCUGGGGGAGGUGUCACAGCCUCUCUGAGCACCCCCUAAGUGGAGGGCAGAACAUUGUUGGCAGGAGUCCAGGCAUACAGCAACAUAAACAGCACAGAGAAUGGGACCAGUGCACCCGAGAGGUCGUUAUCAUCAGCAACUGGAUGGGACAUUCUAAAGAGCCCCCAACCGACACAGAUGGUCACUCCAGAGGCUGACAUUUAAAAGGAAGGGGCCUGGCCGGGCGCAGUGGCUCACGCCUGUAAUCGCAACACUUUGGGAGGCUGAGGCAGGUGGAUCAACUGGGGUCAGGAGUUCGAAACCAGCCUGGCCAACAUGGUGAAACCACAUCUCCGCUAAAAAUACAAAAAAUUAGCCAGGCAUGGUGGCGGGCACCUGUAAUCCAAGCUACUCGGGAGGCUGAGGUAGGAGGAUCGCUUGAACCCAGGAAGUAGAGGUUGCAGCGAGCCGAGAUUGUGCCAUUGCACUCCAGCCUGGGCGACGAGCAAAACUUCGUCUCAAAAUAAAUAAAUAAAUAAAAGUAAGGGGCGCAGGGAGGGGGCCCCAGCUCAUGCCCCUUCUGUGUGGGCUGCACGUGGUGACUUCCUUCCAGAGAGCACAGCGUGGGAGGUAGGCAAGGCGUCUCCACAGUGGAGAGCCCGACCCACUCUCUCAGCCCAGAGGUCAAGGCUGGCACCAUCACCGAGAGGUCACGCGGGCAGACGUGACAGGAGGGCGCUUCACCACUGGGCUCUGGGCUCUUCCAGACCCAUAACCCUUGUCUUAGUAUCAGAAAAACACUGGCAGACCGGGCGCAGUGGCUCACACCUGUAAUCGCAGCACUUUGGGAGGCCGAGGUGGGAAGAUUGUUCAAGAUCAGUCUGGGCAACAUAGUGAGACCCCAUCUCUGCAAAAAAAAAAAAUUUUUUUUAAUUAGCCAGGCGUGAUAGCACAUGCCUGUGGUCCUAGCUACUCUGGAGGCUGAGGUGGGAGGAUCACUUGAACCCAGGAAGUUAAGGCUGCAGUGAGCCGUGAUCACACCACUGCACUCCAGCCUUGGCGACAAAGUAAGACCCUGUCUCAAAAAAAAAAAAAAAAAAAAAUCAGGCAAAUCCCAACAGGGGGACACUCUACAAAAAAACCGACCAGCCCUCCUCAAAACUUCCCAAGUCAUCAAAACCAAGGAAAGUGGGCUGGGCGCGGUGGCUCACACCUUAAUCCCAGCACUUUGGGAGGCUGAGGCAGGCAGAUCACAAGGUCAGGAGUUUGAGACCAGCCUAGCCACCAUGGUGAAAUCCCAUCUCUAAAAA